AUAACUGCGCCCAAUAACUCAAACACACUCUUCAUUCAACGACUCUUCAAAAUAUCUGGCUCACAUUACCCCAAGAUAUUAUCUCCCCGAUGACGUGGCACCCCAACGACGGCACUGACACGUGUAAAAGCGAAGCCAUGUGGAGCCUUUUUUCCUCCCCUUCCUCAGAGGGUUUCUUCUUCUCUGCCGAAAAACUCCGAUCACGCGUCAUGGAACAACACGAUCUCCGUCGCCGCCACUCGCCGCCGUUAACCUCCGAUCCCAAACCAUUGCCAGAGCUCGCUCGCUCCGCUUCCGCCUCCUCCUCCUUCACCGUCGACAACAACUCCAAAGGCCUCUCGCAUCACCACUCCGCGGCGCCCGCUCCGCCUAUGGGCCAGUCGACGAGAUGGACUGAUCAGCAGCACAGUCUAUAUAUUCGUUCUUUAGAGGCCUCAUUCGUGAAUGAAUUGCAUCAUUCUAUGCGUUUACGCUGUCGGAGCUUAAGAAAUAGCACAGAUGAAGCAUAUAAAUGUAGAAUUUUGCAAAAUUUACAUAAUAUGCCUAAGCAGUCUCUGGCUCUACAAGAUGACCGCCAGAAGAGGAUCAACCUUCAAAGAGUUGCACCUAUGUUAGAGAGCACAGCUGAUUCUCAUGUUCUUGCUGGAAGUCAAUUUGAACUUACAUCUGUGGAUGGAAGCUGUAGUUUGAGAGAGCCUAUAACCUGCAAGCAUGGCUUGCUUUGUGAUGAGGAGAUUCAGAUUCAUGCAAGAGGAAGUUCAACAUUUACUGACAGGUCACCAAGAAGUUUAGAGAAGCAAUGUAUUUGCCGCUCAUUCCAUCUAGACUUGGCUUGCAGUACUACAGAGGUCACUGAUCAAAACUUUAAGGAUGAGGAAGCCAGGUCAAGCAGCAUGCCCUUGGUGAAAAGGUUGAAGACAGCUACAGCUGAUGGUUCAAGCAGUGAUCAAGUUGUACCAUUUGGAAAACUUCACAUACCAGAUGUUUCAACUAGUAGUAACGCGCAAGCUCAGAAAAUAAAGGACAUGAAUUGCUAUGAGAAUCCCCAGUGAGCUACCAUUUCCCAAAGUCUGAUCUGCCAUACUUUCUAAAGGGAAGGUAAGUAUGUGCAACACAGAAUUGAAGUCUCAGAUUUUACAGCGGAUGCUGAUACAAAUUGAGAGAAUAGACAAUUUGCUUGGGUGCUCUUUCAAGAAUUUGUUGAGACUCGUGUAAAGGAAAAUCGAACGCGACAACAACUCUAUUCUUGUGGAAUUUAUUGCUGUUGUUUGAUGUAACAUAAUGUAACGGAGAAACUUUCGAUAACAAUUUGCAUAGACAUAUAGUAAAAAUUAUGAUUAUAUAUGAUUUUUUUGUUAGAUGAAUUUUUGGAUGGUUAACCAACUGUAUAGUUAUCCUAGAUUAGUUUUACAUUUCUUUAGUUAGCUUCAUUAAGUUUUCUUACAAUAAUUGUACUUCAAAUAGUUGAAAAGAUAAAGAUAUCCAAUAUGCAUAUCUUUACAGUA